GGCAACUCCUCAAGGACAUCGCCUUGCGUGAGCUACCGCAGCGUACUUGCGAACAGUUUGCACUGUAUGAUGAGGCGCCACUGGAUCGCUUUGCGCACGUUGUACUUGAACAACUUGGUGAUCGAGCUGUACAUGUUCCCAGGCUCAUCACCUCCGAGGCUGGCAAGUACGGAACCAUUGAGCCCGUAUAUCAUUCAUGCCGAGGAGUCCUCUUGGCGGAUGUUUUAUUCUCAACAGGAUUCCGCGACGUGGAAGCACCCAAUCAGCGCGGGUUGACCCCACUGGAGCUGUUCGUUUCAGAGGGCUCGCGGUGGGACAUCCUGCAAUGGCACCUACAACACACUCUCUCGCUCACACAAACCCUGACCGCCGUCACAUGGCCCUCAGGCGCUACUCUUGCUCAUCGAAUACUUCGCCAAGCGGCUAAUUAUAAUGUUUGGCUUCUUGAGAACUCACAGCCAGCACUUGCUGUUAUGCGAACCGUGUUAUCUUCCAUCUCAGUACAGGACACGGCGAUAUGCGAAUACUCACCCGGCGGGCGUACGCCCUUGACUCACUACCUCCUCGCCAGAUUCGGAUCCAGGCACUGCAACGCGAUGGAACUCACAAAUUUCCUCCUUGAGUUCCUGGGGAACUUUGCUCACGUCCUAAGCCUCGAACAGUACCAGGCUGUCUUUCGGUUCUUGACCUUUGAGGCAUUAUCGAUGACUCAUACCUGCGGUCCAUUACCACCUCAGUAUUUCGUACAAUUGACUACGAAGACGGGAACAGCGAUGCAAACUCUUUCCAUGCCGACCCUUUUGAUGAAAACGAUGAUGUGCUGCUCGGAAAGCUUCGUGAGAUCAUGGGCUGGGCCGAAACACUGCUCGAGGAGACGCUAACCUCGGUACCGAUCCGCAAUGAACAUAAUCGCUAUCCUGACUACUCGUCAGCCAGCGACCGUCAAUCUCGGGACGGCAAUCGCCAUCAAGCUUGGAGCAGAAUCUCAGACGUUUUACAGGAGGCUUGGUUUCAGAAGAUUAGCGCGUGCCUUGAAGAACUCCACCAACAAGACGUUGAAGCAAACUCCAAAGAACGCGCGGCGGACUUGGGAGUGGUCUGGCGUGAGCAAAGUAUUGCUGAAUCAGAAUCGUCGAGUGAGUCGGAAUGGGGAUAUACUGUAGAAGAAGUGUUCCGUGCGAUGGAACAGAUUUGCGCUAGCGAUUAGUACGCUGGUUCUUGGUACAGUCGGCUUUCUGUGUCUGGAUCGCCUCGCCAUACCAUACUGCUCAAACGUAUGUCGCAUGGAAAAAUAUCAAUUUCCUUCUUUCUAG